GGCGCUAUAUAAACCAGGGCGGACUUCAGUCGCCAAAGUCAGUCGCCUUGUGCGGGGAGCGAGGAAGCUGCGCUCUUCCCUGCCGCUGUGCAUUCACACGUGCUCCUUAAACGCGCGUCUGGACCGCGGUCGGUGCCCCUUUCCGCGUUUGCGAUCCUUUCUUUCGCCGCCUCCUGCCCGGGAUGCCUCCCAAUCUCACCGGUUACUACCGAUUCGUCUCCCAGGACAACAUGGAGAAUUACCUCCGUGCCUUAGACAUCAACGUCGCUCUGCGGAAGCUGGUUUGCCUCCUGAAGCCAGACAAAGAGAUCGUCCACAACGGGAACCACAUGACCAUCCGCACAUUGACUUCGCUUCGAAACUACAUCAUGGACUUUGACUUGGGGGUGGAGUUUGAAGAGGACUUGGGGCCGGUGGACGGGCGCAAGUGCCAGACUAUUGUUGACUGGGAUGGAGACCACUUGGUGUGUGAACAGCGUGGAGAGAAAAGGAAUCGGGGCUGGAAACAUUGGCUUGAAGGGGACCAGCUGCAUCUGCGCAUGACCGCAGAGGAUGAGGUCUGUGUCCAAGUUUUCCAGAAAGUGAAGUGAACCCACCUGCCAUCCCCAGUACCCACCUGAUACCAAGCACUGCCUUCAGGAUACAGCAGACAUUAGACCCCAGAGAUGAAGGGCUGUCCUUUCCUCACAACUUUCCCUAAACCUUAGUUUUUACAAUAAAAUAAUCCAGGUGG